AUGUAUCUUGCUCUUCUGGUGAUUUUCUUGCAGUAUUCAGAACUUUACACUCAGGAGAGAGUUUUUACUUUCAACACAGUUGAAAUCAAGGUUCAGCCAUCUGCCAAAGUAAAGAAUGGAGCGCCUGUGUCAAUUGUCUGCCACGCCGAUAUUAGCAAAAGUACUGAUUUCCAGCUGAAGCUGAAUUUUACAAUUUUCAAGGAUGGCAAGGUUGUGUUCAUGACUGUAUCGGAUACAGGAGAUGCACAAUAUGAAAUAUCUAUGGCUAGAUCUUCAGAUACAGGAGACUAUGAAUGUACUGUGCAAGCAGGCAGAAAGACAAAAUCCAGUAACUCCGUACACGUCUGGGUGACAGGAAUGACGAAGCCAAUCCUGACUUCUGAGAAAAGAGAAGUUUUAGAGGGUGAAGUUGUGAAAUUACGUUGUGAGCUGCCAGAAGAAGCACCUCCUUUACAUUUCUUUUUCCGGAAGAUAAAGAUGAAUUCAACACCUAAAGAAAAAGAUGUGUAUGAGCCAUACAAAAAUUUUUCUGUAGUGGAAUUUUCUGUUGAAGAGGACGAUAAUAUUUUACAAUUCGAUUGCUUUGGUAAGAGAACAGUAAAAUCAGAAUUUGAAAUCUCAGAACACAGCAACAAAACACUUGUAACAGUCAGGGAACCAUUUAUAAAGCCUACUCUGAAUGCCAAGCCCUCAAGUAAUAUUACAGAAGGAGACAGAAUACAGUUUGAAUGCUCAACUGUGGUAGCCCAGAUGCGUGACAUUGAAAUCAUACUCCAGAAAAACAAAACAAUACUGAAGAGUGUACAAGAUGAGAAACUUUUGGAAUACUCUGCAGUAGCUACUCUAGAGGACAGUGGCGAAUACCUAUGUAAGGUGGAGCAAGGGAGAGCAUCUAAAUCCACCAAACUGAAUGUUGUUGUGUCAGAGUUAUUCCCCAAGCCAAUAUUGGCUGCUUCUAUGAGUAAACUGGAUGAAAAUAAAGAAUUAACUUUGAGUUGCAGCAUUAGUGGUUUUCGGAAAGCUAACUUCUCUAUAUUACGGAAAAAAUCAAAUGGAGACAUCUGGUUGAAAAAUUCUAGAAACUUAACAAUGAGAGUUAACGUAAAUGAUACUGGAUACUAUAUCUGUAAAGCUGAAGUAAAAGGAAUAGUCAAGGAAAGCAAACCUGUAAGGAUAAACGUUUAUGCUCCAGUCUCCAAGCCAACUCUUUCCGUUGUCGGUGGUUUACCGGAGGUGGUGUUAGGGAAGCCUCUACAGUUAAUCUGUCGUUCAGUGAUGGGAACACCACCAAUAACAUUCACAUUCUACAAAGGAACUGAAGUUAAGAAAACAGUAAUUAAUGACACAUAUGCUACGUUUUUGGAUGAAAAUGUUAAACAAAAUGACAAAAGAGGAUACAAAUGUGAUGCUAGAAAUAAUCACUCCAGUGGUGCGAAAGCCAGCAAUAUUCUAAACGUUACAGUAAUAAUACCAAUCAGGGAUGCCAGCUUAGGCAGUAUUCCGUAUGGAGAAGUGGAAGAAGGCAGUGAGACUGCUUUUCUCUGCUCUGUGAAAGAAGGAUCUUGGCCAAUUCACUUCAGGAUUUUUAGAAAAACUGAUCGUGAAGUUCUUCUUUUUGAAGAAAGUCAAAAUGCAGACAGAAUCAUAUGGCGCAAGGAAACAAUGAACAGGCAGGACACGGGGACAUACUACUGCGUGGCUUCUAAUCGAGCUAAUGUGGAUGUGAAAAGCCAUCCCAUAACCAUCAGUGUCAUCUUAGCGGCUUGGCAGAAAGGAGUCAUCGCUGCGUUUGUCCUAGUUCUUAUCGCAGGAGCAGUGACUCUCAUUUUAUGGUGGUUUUUGUGUAAGAAGAAAAAGGCUAAAGGACCAUCCAUGGAGAUGUCUGGUUCUGCCUUGGCUACAAACUUGACAAGUGAAAAACUGACAAGACAGCCCAAUGAUGGAGACUACUAUUCAGGAUCAGUUUACAUUGAAGAUAGUGAAAAUCACAUGAAAUCAACAGAUGAAAGUAAAGGACCUGACCUUGAGAGUGCUGAGGUGGAGUACACUGAAGUUGAAGUAUCAACGCUUGAUCCUCACAGAGCUCCUGUACAGAAGGGGACUGAAACAGUUUAUAGUGAAAUCAGAAAAGCUAAUAAUGAUUCUGUGGAAAACAGGCAUUCUAGAAUACAAGGGCAUCCUGAUGCUACUUAGAACAGUCAUCUCAAAGAUCAGCUGGGAGAAGAAAACAAGCCAAGAUGGAAGAUGUUGCAAAUGUUUCAGAAGUUCUGCAGCACUUAUUUAUGAGUUUUGCCAGGCUCUUCUUUUCAAAGUUUAUUUCCUCAGGGGGAACAACAGAGAUGUUCCUAAAGCAUUUAAUGGAAAAAAUUACAAAUAAAAAUUCUCAUAGGAAAGUGGGUCUAGAAACCACUGACCUAGGUUCCCGUCUUUGAUUUCUCCUGCUAAUGCAAUUUUGCCUUUCUAGCCUCCAGUUCAUCACGCUCUGAGGAAAUAAAAGGGCAAGCUACAGCUGAGGAAGUACAUUUCUACAGUGCAGUAACUACUGUGAUGAUAGUAGGAUGUAAAAAUAUCUAAGCUUGCUUUAAACUAGCUAACUUGUUAUCAGUAACACUCUACUGUGGCAGAACAGAGCUCAGCACAGCUUGGCCAGCCAUGUACUUUGACAUGAUCUUGCAGCUUGUGCAGAACUCCCUGUGCUGCAGCAGCUGGACUGCUAC